AUGGCUUCACCUGAGCUGGACCAUCAGAAAACACCUCCAGCGCUCUCUGCAGACAGCACAGCAUCCGAAAAGCUCGUCAAGGAAGCUGAGACUGUAAUUUGUGUCCACGACACCGCAGAACUCCUGCAGGCCAUCACCCCUUCACCUGGCAGGCACAUACCCUCCCGCCACGGCAAACCCGGCUGGGGACGUGGAGAGGAGGCUCCCCCCACCCAGUGCGAGCCCGGAGGGACGCGACGGAGCCGGGGCAGGCUCAGGGGAGCGGGCUGGCCGCGGUGCGACCCCGGCCGGGCUCCCCCCGGGGCCGCCCUUACCUCGGGGCCUGCGGCGGCGCUGCCCGGGCGAGAGAGCGCGGCCCCAGCACCGCCGCCGCCUUUUAUCGGCCGUGAGGGGAGCCCGCCUCCCGGGGGCGGCUCCAGCCCCGAACCCGGCCAGCCCAGCCCCGGGACAGCUGAGGAUCAGCUCAACCCAGCCCCGGGACCGCCCGGGAUGGGCUCGGCCCAGCCCCGGGACCGCCCGGGAUCGGUUCAACCCAGCCCCGGCACCGCCCGGGAUGGGCUCGGCCCAGCCCCGGGACCGCCCGGGAUCGGUUCAACCCAGCCCCGGCACCGCCCGGGAUCGGCUCAACCCAGCCCCGGGACCGCCCGGGAUGGGCUCGGCCCAGCCCCGGGACCGCCCGGGAUCGGCUCAACCCAGCCCCGGGACCGCCCGGGAUCGGCUCAACCCAGCCCCGGGGACGGGAGCGAGGGGUGCGGGCACCCGGGGUAG